AUUAAUUUGAGUCAAAAGAAUGAAUGAUGCUUCCGAGUAAAAAAGCUCUGUUCUCUUCCGUCUCUCGUCUUCUCCACACGGAGAGAUACACAGAGAGACAAAACCUAACGACUCUGUUCAACAGAUAUGUCGACAAAACAGAUGUCUUCUCAUGGAACUCUGUCAUUGCCGACCUUGCUCGUAGUGGUGAUUCUGCUGAAGCUCUUCGUGCUUUUUCCUCAAUGCGAAAGCUUUCUCUCUACCCUAAUCGCUCUAGCUUCCCUUGCACUAUCAAAGCGUGUUCGUCUCUUCUUGAUAUCUUCUCCGGCAAGCAGACUCAUCAGCAAGCUUUUGUCUUCGGGUAUCAAUCAGACAUCUUCGUGUCUUCGGCUUUGAUCGUUAUGUAUUCAACUUGUGGUCAACUCCAAGAUGCUCGGAAGGUGUUCGACGAAAUUCCCAAGAGAAAUAUUGUCUCUUGGACGUCGAUGAUUCGAGGCUAUGAUCUUAACGGUAACGCCCUUGAUGCUGUUUCUCUAUUCAAGGAUCUAUUGGUGGAAGAAAAUGAUGGAGAUCAUGAGGAUGAUGAUGCAAUGUUUCUUGAUUUCAUGGGUAUGGUUUCGGUCAUUUCGGCUUGUUCUCGUGUUGCUGCUAAGGGUUUAACUGAAUCAAUUCAUAGCUUUUUGAUAAAGAGAGGGUUUGAUAGAGGAGUGAGUGUUGGUAAUACUUUAUUGGAUGCUUAUGCUAAGGGCGGAGAAGGAGGUGUAGCGGUGGCAAGAAAAAUCUUUGAUCAGAUUGUGGAUAAGGAUCGUGUUUCGUAUAAUUCGAUCAUGAGUGUGUAUGCUCAGAAUGGGAUGUCUAAUGAGGCUUUUGAAGUAUUUCGUAGACUGGUAGAGGAUAAAGUUGUGACCUUUAACUCCAUUACACUGACUACUGUGUUGUUGGCGGCUUCGCAUUCAGGUGCUUUGCGUAUUGGCAAAUGUAUACAUGAUCAGGUGAUAAGGAUGGGUCUUGAGGAUGAUGUGAUAAUUGGAACAUCGAUAAUUGAUAUGUAUUGUAAAUGCGGAAGAGUUGAGACAGCGAGAAAAGCAUUUGAUCGAAUGAAAAACAAGAAUGUUAGGUCGUGGACCGCCAUGAUUGCUGGAUAUGGAAUGCAUGGCCACGCGGCCAAAGCGUUAGAGUUAUUCCCUGCUAUGAUCGAUUCAGGGGUAAGACCAAAUUACAUUACUUUUGUAUCAGUGUUAGCUGCUUGCAGUCAUGCGGGUCUUCAUAUUGAAGGCUGGCGCUGGUUUAAUGCAAUGAAGGGAAGAUUUGGCGUGGAACCGGGUUUAGAACACUAUGGUUGUAUGGUUGAUCUUCUAGGUAGAGCUGGGUUUCUUCAGAAAGCUUAUGAUUUGAUUCAGACAAUGAAGAUGAAACCGGACUCUAUCAUCUGGAGCUCACUUCUUGCAGGUUGUAGAAUUCACAAGAAUGUUGAGCUCGCAGAGAUAUCCGUGACGCGUUUGUUUGAAUUGGAUUCUUCGAAUUGCGGUUAUUACAUGCUGCUUUCGCAUAUCUAUGCCGAUGCAGGGCGUUGGAAAGAUGUUGAGAGGGUGAGGAUGAUAAUGAAGAAUCGUGGAUUGGUGAAACCUCCGGGUUUUAGUCUACUUGAGUUGAAUGGUGAGGUUCAUGUGUUCUUGAUCGGAGACGAAGAGCAUCCCGACCGCGAAAAGAUUUACGAGUUUUUAGCGGAACUGAACAGGAAGCUGUUAGACGCAGGUUACGUAUCGAACACGGCAUCUGUAUGCCAUGAUGUUGAUGAGGAAGAGAAAGAGAUGACACUGAGAGUUCACAGCGAGAAACUAGCUGUUGCGUUCGGGAUCAUGAACACGGUCCCCGGCUCGACGGUUAAUGUGGUUAAGAAUCUUAGAGUUUGCAGCGAUUGUCAUAAUGUGAUCAAGUUGAUUUCAAAGAUUGUUGAUAGAGAGUUUGUCGUUAGAGAUGCUAAACGGUUUCACCAUUUCAAAGAUGGCUUUUGUUCUUGUGGAGAUUACUGGUGAUUUUGAUUGGAUAAUUAUAGUUUCAUUGGAUUUCAAAUUAGGUGAGAUUCCUCUAGUGUUUUAUCGAAUUUUAUA